GUACAUAAGAGACUAGCUGCUGUAGGAAAGGAAAAAAAAAAAGAAGCAAUGGAGAAACAGGUAGCAAUUAUUGGAGCUGGUGUUAGUGGCCUUCUUGCCUGUAAAUACACAGUCUCAAAGGGUUUUAAUCCAAUUGUUUUUGAAGCAAGAAACAGCAUUGGAGGAGCAUGGAUUAAUACAGUAGAGACUACAAAGCUGCAGACUCCAAAACCAGCAUAUCAGUUCUCAGAUUUUCCCUGGCCAGAUUCAGUCACGGAACUCUUUCCGAACCAAUAUCAAGUCUUGGAUUACCUGCAGUCAUAUGCACAUCAUUUUGACUUGCUUAAGCACAUCAAGUUCAGUACUAAAGUACUUGGCAUCAAGUAUCAAGGCGCAUCCGAUGAAGAGAUGCAGUCAUGGAGCUUGUGGGGUGGAAAUGGGGAGCCCUUCAGCUCAAGGGGGAAAUGGAUAGUUGAAGCACAGGACACACAGAACCAGCUUUCAACUGAGGCUUACCAAGUGGACUUUGUCAUCCUUUGCAUUGGACGAUUCAGUGAUGUUCCAAACAUUCCUGAAUUCCCUCCUGACAAGGGCCCGGAAGCAUUCCAUGGUGACGUGAUACAUUCUAUGGACUAUGCCAACAUGGAUUGUGAAAGUGCUACAGACUUUGUAAGAGGCAAGCGAGUUACUGUCGUGGGGUCCCAAAAAUCUGCAAUGGAUAUUGCAAUGGAGUGCUCUAUAGCAAAUGGGGUUGAACAUCCUUGCAGAGUUUUAUACAGGACUGAACAUUGGAACAUCCCUGAUUACAAUCCAUGGGGAGUGCCCUUACCUUAUUUGUAUCUUAACCGCUUCUCGGAGCUCAUGGUUCAUAAGCCUGGUGAAGGAUUCCUACUCAGUCUGCUGGCAACAAUUCUUGCACCUCUGAGAUUGGCAUUUUCAAAAUUCGUCGAAAGCGAUAUCGAGAAGAAGCUCCGUUUGGCAAAGUUUGGAAUGGUUCCAAAGCAUAGUUUUCUUCAAGAACUUAAUUCUUGUUUGAUUGCAACAGUUCCACAAGGAUUCUAUGAUAAAGUUGAAGAGGGAAGCAUCAUACUGAAGAAAGCUCCCAGUUUUAGCUUCUGCAAAGAAGGCAUUAAAGUUCAAGGUGAGGAUACAACACUAGAGACCGACUUGGUCAUAUUAGCUACAGGAUUUAAAGGUGAAAAGAAGCUCAAAGACAUUUUUGAGUCCAAAAUGUUUCAAGAUUGCAUACUUGGGUCCCCUGAUUCAGCAGUUCCUCUCUGCAGGGAAUGCAUUCAUCCGCGAAUUCCACAGCUAGCAGUGAUUGGAUUCUCAGAAAGUGUUGCGAACUUGUACACUUCAGAAAUGAGAUGCCGGUGGAUAGCAGAGCUUCUUGAUAGCACAUUCAAGUUACCUAGCAUAAAGGAGAUGGAAAAAGAUGCUGAAAAAUGGGACCAAUAUCGGAAGCAAUAUUCUGGUCGAUAUUACCGCAGAUCAUGCAUCGGUGCCCUUCAUAUAUGGUAUAAUGAUCAACUGUGCAAAGACAUGGGAUGGAACCCAAAGAGAAAGAAGGGAUUCUUUGCUGAAUUGUUUGAGCCUUAUGGACCUGCAGAUUAUGUCUCACCUUAAAGAUAUGGAGAGGCCUUAGCAUGCAGAAUCGAUACAGCAAUGUAUCUUGAGCAUUUUAUACAGUAGUUUGCAUAUGAACUAUUAGGAUGAACGAAAAAUCGUGAUGGUUGAAAUACCAAAAAAAGAUGUCUAUCAAAAAGAUGACUAUCAGUUUGUUUGAAAUAAUGUUAUCUUUUUAUACCAAAAAGAUGUCUACCAGUUUGUUUUUAAAUAAAGUUGUCUGUAUAAUUUCUUUCAA